AUGGCAGGGCUGCAGUCUGAGGCUCCGCGGGGGGCCGAGCAGCUGGAGCCCUGUCUGACGAUAAACACGGAUGGGGUUACGCCAGUUUACACCACAGAGACCGCCGCCAUCGCCACGCCAACCGGGAUGCCUGGGUUAUCAGUGUUAGCUGGAUUGGAGAUGGUCCUGGCCCCGGUGCUGGCCCCGGUGCUGGCCCCGGUCCUGGCCCCGGUCCUGGCCCCGGUCCUGGCCCCUUUGUGA